CGUCAGUUUCGAUGGUCGGUCCGCGCGUCGCGGAGUCGCGAGUUCGGGCGUAGGGCGACCGGUUCCCCCGCGCCGGGACCCGGAGGGGUCCGGAGACAUGACGGUCUCCUACGCCAGCGAGGUGCCAAACGGGUCCAGCUUCGGCUGCUUCUGGAGGAUCCUCGUAAAAUGGCGAGGGUCCGUUUACAAGUUGAUCUGGCGCGAGCUCCUGGCCUACCUCUUCGUGUACUAUUUAAUCAAUCUAACUUAUCGAUACGCCCUCAACGAACAACAACAGAGGAUCUUCGAGAGGAUACGGUACUACUUUGGGAACUCGAGCGAGUCCAUCCCCAUGUCCUUCGUCCUGGGCUUCUACGUGAGCCUCGUGGUGAAGAGGUGGUGGGAGCAGUACAAGCUGCUGCCCUGGCCGGACAACUUGGCGCUCUUCAUAAGCGCCGCCAUCCCCGGAAACGACGAGAGGGGACGGCUCAUGAGGAGGAACAUCGUCAGGUACGCCGUCCUGGCGUACGUAAUCACCCUGCAGAGGAUCUCUCUGCGCGUCAAGAGGCGAUUCCCCACGCUCCAGCACAUCGUCGACGUGGGGCUCAUGAUGGAGUCGGAGAAGAAGAUCUUCGAGAUGAUGAACAAGAAGGCGGCCAUGUCCAAGUACUGGAUGCCGCUCGUUUGGGCGACCAACAUCAUCAACAGGGCCCGGAAGGAGGCCCUGAUCACCAGCGACCAAGUCGUCCAGACGCUCCUCGUCGAGCUCAGCGACAUCCGGAAGCGGCUGGGCGCUCUCAUCGGCUACGACACCGUCUGCGUACCCCUCGUUUACACCCAGGUCGUGACGCUGUCUCUGUACGCCUACUUCUUCUCGGCGCUCCUAGGAAGGCAGUUUAUCGACAAGUCCGAGACCGGAAGCGGCAAGUACGAGGAGCCCGACAUGUACUUUCCCUUCUUCACUGCGCUUCAGUUUUGCUUCUACGUGGGUUGGCUGAAAGUAGCGGAAGUGCUGAUCAACCCCUUCGGCGAGGACGACGACGACAUCGAGCUCAAUUGGCUGAUCGAUCGGCACAUCAAGGCUGGCUACAUGAUAGUCGACGAGAUGCACGAGGAACACCCCGAGCUUCUGAAGGAUCAGUACUGGGACGAGGUCGUGCCGAAGGACUUGCCCUACACGGUCGCCAGUGAACAGUACAGGCGAGAGGAGCCAAAGGGUUCGGCCGAACAUUACAAAGUCAAGGAAAGCGACGCCCUUUACGCCAACGUCAUGGUCAGUUCUCAAAUCCAUCCCCAUGUCCAGCAUCGGAAGACUCAUCAGGACGACAUGUACGCCGAUUAUGAGAGCGUGGACACACCCCUGGUGGAGCGACGGAAGAACUGGCUGCAGCGGCAGAUCACCAGGAUGGGGUCCGUUCGCAGCUCCUCGACGACCUACAGCAGCGGAGGAGGCUUCUUCUCGAGGAAUCGGCACAACAGCGUUUACAGUAGUCCGGAAACCGGAGGACUGCCCCAAACCAACAAUCCGAACGUAAAGAUGUCCCUUUACGACAGGCUGAUAGGUCGGAAGAGCAUCCGCAGCCAGCGGAUGGGACGCCAAGGAACCGUGACCAAGCUGAACUCGAUCCCGGUCUCGCUUAAGAAUCGUCCCCGCAUCCCGACGCCCGACGUGACGAAGGAGGCCGACCGCGAGCAGCGGCUCGCCCUGUCGGCCAGCAACGCGGCGAGCAUCGGAGCGGGAGUGGUCGGGGUGAUCCCGGCGACGACCGGCCACUACCCCGGGGAGAUCCCGGCCUGCGGAACGGUCGUCCAGGUGGUGCUCUCCCCGAUCCAAGAGGCCGAGGGGACGCCGUCGGCCGGUGGGAAGGCGAGCGCCGCCGCCCUGGCGCAGGCGGUGCUCUCGCCUUCCCUGACCGGCGCGGGGCUGGUGGCCCCGAUGACCCUGACCCCGGUCACUGUCGGCCAGCUGACGCAGCUGGGCCUCGUGACGACGACCUCCUCCCCGAUGCCGCGGCCGGGCCAGGAUCACGGCCUCCAGGCGACCCUGACCGAGGUCAACACGAGCGAGGAGGAGAGCUCGGGGGGAAGCAGUCGCAGCGAGAGCGCGAUCCGUAGAGACGGCCGCUCGACCCCCGCGACGUCGGGCACUCCCCUGAUCGGGGAGCGCGCCAGCCCCGUGGGCAGCUCGAGCCAAGGUAGCUCCCCAGCCUUCGACAGCUACAACGACAGGUCGCGUGUCCUGGUCGACUCGGAGAAGCUGGGGGGCUUCGUGCUGACCGCUCGCGGGGCGGAGGCGCUCAACGCCCGGGGGAAAAGGAGCGCCUCCUUGCCGUGUCCACCGGGUCCCCUGCCCAAGGAGGACCGCAGCAUGUCGCUGCCGCACUCGCCGGGGUUGCCGCACAGGAGCGGCAGGGCCGCCUCGGUGACGGUGGCACCCGACGUGCCCGGACUCGGGUCGACGGGCUCGAUCGACCGGCGUGAGAGGCCGCUCCAGGAGGUGAGGCACAGGGCCGCCAGUGUCAGCAAGGAGCCCCUGAGAUUGGCGGGCUCGAAGGACGUCGCACCUAGAAAGAGCAGCACCGGCUCCUACAGCAGCCCGGCUCUCCCCAACGGAGCCGCGCCGAGCUCCGGCGCCGGCGCCGGCAAGAGGGGCGAGGUCUACGUCUGACCGGGACUGCGACCCUCCCCGAGGGUGAUCGGAGUUCGGUGAAACGAGAAACCGACCACACGCGGUCGGGCCAACAUUCGCUGGAGUCGAGUCGGACCGACCGCCCGAACCGGGUUCGCGUCGACACGGUCCAGGGAAACGGGCGGACGUCCUCGCGUCGUCCGCCGACGCCUUACACCAUUUUACUUUGUGAUACGAGAUCUUAUUCCACGCACACCCCUCGCGCCCGUCGCCGACGGCUCCGUCCGAGGACCAGGGCUGAAAUCAAAGCCCACGACUCCCGGGGUUCGCAUCCCUCACCUUGUACAUAGAAUCCCCCCGAAACGGAGCGGCCUCACCCCGGAGGGGGAUUUCGAUUUUCCUCGUUGCCAUAUUUAUUGGGACUGUCGGGGGAGAUUUCGAGGCAGUCGACUCCGGGAUCCUCUCCUCGCCCCCAAGGGGGCGAGUUGGGUCCAUCUCGGCCGCCGAACUCGGAGACCUCGCGCGUGUCUCCGGAAGUGCCGUCGGGCGCGUCGCCUGGGGCGGGGGGCAAGGGCCAUUCCCCGUAAGGUCAUCUCCCCCGAAAAAGGGAACGCGGAUUCAGCGUAGCGUAGGUGCUCCACCUUUCUUUCGUAGAGUUUAGAAUCCAGGACUACUCGACGAUCGAAAAAAUCGCGAGAGGAUGAACCGGUCCCUCGGAUUUAAGAUUCUCCCCUUAUUACCUUCUCAGUCGAUAGUUCGAAAUGAUGCACCCCCCUUGUAAAUUAUCCCAAUUCUUCCACGUGCGCCAAUUUAGCGUGUGAGUCGCCAAUCGUUACAUCCUAGUUAUAAACGAAGCCGUGCGAGGGCUCGAAAAGCCGGGGAGGGGUAUUUUCCAUUUGAAUCGACCGGGUCGAUGGUUGUUCCAAUCGCGAAACGGUCCCGGGACCAAUUGGCACCUCGUGUGCAAAUAAUGGCGAAACCUCCGGGAACGGAGAGGAUGCCAAGACGUUAAACCGUUCUCAAGCGGGACAUUUGCGCGACUGUUUCGCUCCCGUGUGAGAAAAAAAAAAACAGUUUCGGCGCUUUCGAUUCCCCGCGCCCUCGAUUCGUGCCAGCCUGUACAGCGGUAUGUCGAGAUAAUUUAAUAAAUAUUCGUUAUCCUA